AUGGUAUGCGAUUACCCGCCCCGCUGGAGCUCUUCUGCUAACAUCAGCAGUUCAUACUCACAAGCAAACAGCACCUUCUCGCCCGAAGGCCGUCUCUUCCAAGUCGAAUACUCCCUAGAAGCCAUCAAGCUCGGUUCAACAGCAAUAGGCGUUGCAACCGGCGAGGGCGUCAUCCUCGGCGUCGAAAAGCGCGUAACCUCCACCCUCCUCGAGACCAGCUCCGUCGAGAAGAUUGUCGAAAUCGACCGCCACAUCGGAUGUGCCAUGUCGGGUCUGCAAGCCGAUGCACGAAGCAUGGUCGAGCAUGCGCGUGUCGAGAGCCAGAACCACGCUUUCAACUACAACGAGCCGCUGAGAGUCGAGAGCUGCACGCAGGCGAUAUGCGAUUUGGCGCUGCGGUUCGGUGAGGGUGCAGAGGGCGAGGAGAGCAUUAUGAGUCGGCCGUUUGGUGUGGCGUUGCUGAUUGCGGGAUACGAUGAGGAUGGCCCGAGUCUGUACCAUGCCGAACCCUCCGGUACCUUCUACCGCUACGACGCCAAAGCCAUUGGAUCUGGUUCCGAGGGCGCACAAGCAGAGCUGCAGAACGAGUUCCACAAGUCGCUCACCCUGCCCGAGGCGGAGGUGCUGGUGCUCAAGACGCUGAAGCAGGUCAUGGAGGAGAAGCUGGACAGCAAGAACGUCCAGUUGGCGAGCGUCACCAAGGACAAGGGCUUCAGGAUCUACACUGAUGCCGAGAUGGAGGAGGUGGUUGGAAGACUGCCAACAAACUAGACGGGCAGAGUGACGACUUCGUUUUGAACCGUGAUGAAUGCGUACAGCGAUGGUCAUGGAGCAAAAGCACAUCAAAGAAUGUUAGAGCGCCUUAUGCCGGCUACGACACAAUGAAAGCAAUGCACGACAUGGUAU